AUGCGUCAGAGCAGCGUGAUGGAAAUCGUCUGUUACCUGGAAAUAAUUCCAGAUGCGACAUACUGUACCUGUCACUGGACAGGGACGCUCUCUCCAACUUUCUCCUAUUCAGAGACCCCAAGCAAUCAUCCUGGUAAGCACUUUGCCAAGGUCCUGGAGGUGCUCUUCAUAAUUUUUGCCAGUCAUGAUGAUGUCAUCAAGAAGAUACCAGGGAGUGGGCAGAUCCAGCUGUGGCAGUUCCUCCUGGAGUUGUUGUCUGACAGCACCAAUGUCAACUGCAUCGCCUGGGAAGGAACCAAUGGCGAGUUCAAGCUGACGGACCCGGACGAGGUGGCGCGGCGCUGGGGUGAGCGCAAGAGCAAGCCCAACAUGAACUACGACAAGCUGAGUCGGGCCCUCCGCUACUACUACGACAAGAAUAUUAUGACCAAGGUUCACGGGAAACGCUACGCCUACAAGUUCGACUUCCAUGGGCUGGCUCAGGUGUGCCAGCCUUCUGCGGCUGAGCAUGCCCUCUACAAGCUCCAGAGUAACCUCGCCCACAUCCCCUUCUCUGAGAUCCCCAAGCUCAAUCUGGUGACGUCCAACGUCACGCCCUCGGGAUUCUCCUACUGGUCAGGGUCAACCCCUGCCCUCUAUCCGGGGCAUGGGCUGCAGAGCCCAGCCCACUUCAGUCCUGUGGGUGGGUCACACCUCAGCAGCAUCAGUAACAUUACCAGCAUCAAUAACCUCAACAGCCCCUACCACUGA